CCUUUUCAGAUCAUGCGUGUCCAUACGUCGUUGCGCCCGCUAGCGACCCACGCACGGACACUAAGUUCCGCUGCGGGCGGGCAGCAACCUGGCUGGUUCAACCGCAUGCUGCUCACUAAUGAAUACAAUCUACCGCGCCUACCCGUGCCGCAACUUGAGGAAACGGUGCAGCGUUACCUGGAUAGUGUGCGGUCAUUGGUGAGUGGCAAGGAAUGGAAGACGCAUGCCGAGCUAGCCAAGGCUUUCAAGGACGCUGAGGGUCGUCAGCUGCAGGAAAUUCUGCUCAAGCGUGAGCUCAAGCAGGCCAUGGGACGCGCCUACCCGUUCAGCUACAUCGAGGAGGACUGGGACAAAAUGUACCUAGGAGGCCGCUACCAAAGUCCUGUCAACGUCAACCCGUCGUACGGUCUGCUGGAUGAGACUGAUGGUAAUCUCGAAGGCAUGGUGCCUCGCAGUGCCGCCUUUGUGCGAUCCAUGAUUAAAUGGUGGACCAAGGUCAAGAACAGCGAGCUGGAGCAAGACAAAAACCAGUGCAUGGCUGGCUUCGCGCGUCAGUACGGCACAGCCAAGGUGCCCAAGAAGAACAUUGACGAGCUGACCUCACACCCACGUGCUACGCACAUCGUGGUCAUGACUGACAACAAGUACUUUAAGCUGGACGUGCUCAGCCCCGACGGCAAACAGCUGCUAUCUCAGAGGCAGCUCGAGGCGCAAUUGGACGCGAUCUUGAACUCAUCGUCCAAGGGCGACCACGACGACUUGGAUCUGUCCACACUCACAGCUGAGGAGCGCGAUACGUGGGCACAGAUUCGUGACGAUCUGGCUGCACACCACCCCGUGAAUGCUGAGACACUGCAGGUGAUCGACUCGGCGCUAUUCAUGCUCGUACUGGAGGAUCGCAACCCUUCCGACAUGAAGCAGCGUAUGGAGCUGUCGUUGCAUGGCCAGGGAUCACACCGCUGGUUUGACAAGCUACAGGUGAUGGUUCAACCGGAUGGCCACUUGACUGUCAAUUUCGAACACUCGUUCUCGGACGGUACGGUCUGGAACCGCUGGCUGCACGAGUGUUGGCAUGAUAUGCGUGGCUCUGACUCUGGAUUCGCCCCCCUCGAGGAGCUGCCGGAAUACACUGGUGCUACUAAGCCUGACAAGCUCAGCUGGAAGCUGUCGAACAAUCUGGUGGAAGAUAUCAAGAAGGCCGAGAGUCACUUUGCUGACUUUUCUGGUAACCUGAACUCAGAGUAUUUGGUGUACAAGAACUUCGCGAAGAAUAACUGCAAGCAGUGGAAGCUCAGCCCGGAUGGUAUCGCGCAAAUGGCUCUUCAACUAGCGUUUUACCGAGCCCACGGCAAGAUCGCACCUACGUACGAGUCGUGCUCGACGCGCAAUUUCCACCAUGGACGCACCGAGACAAUUCGCUCUGCAACUCCUGCUGCUGAAGCCUUCGUCAAGGGUGUGGAGAAUGGCGUUGCUGUGGAUACUCAGCGUGAACUGCUGGUGACGGCCGUUAACCGUCACGUCGAGAUGGCCAAGACGGCGCAAAAGGGUUUGGGUGUGGACCGCCACUUGACUUCGUUAAAUUCGAUCGCCAACCAGAAUGGGAUUUCCAGCGAUUUCCUGGCGAGCCCCGUGCGAGCGGAAAGCACGAACUUCCUCAUCUCGUCGAGUAAUGUGACUACACCGUUCCUGCAGUACUUCUCAUUCGGUGCUGUCGUACCUCAUGGGUACGGCGUGGGCUACCUGCUCCAUAGUAAGAGCAUCAACGUCAGUCUUACGAACUACAAGGACAGCGGUGUAUCGGAUGGAAAGAAGUUCAAAAAGGCCCUGGAAACCUCGUUUGACACCAUCAAGGCUCUUGCGGACAGCCCCGCCCCGUGAAGACAUGUUGACAAAAUGAGCGCUCCAUUAGUUGACAAGACGUUGAUGCCAAUCAUGUCACCGUUUGAGGCUCUUAGUUCGAUGAUUCUGAUGAUUCGAACGAAUGGUGAACAGUGUUCUUAAGCCGCAGCCGCUUACCGGUAAUAGUGAAGGAAUCUCAAGGCUGUUUUCCCAAUGAACGACAUUUGCGAGUGCUACCGCAUUGACCAUUGAA